AUGAGUUCCGGGGACAACCGCAGAAUGACCUGGACAUUUCCAACGAUAAUAAUUUUCUUAUUCGUCCCCCUGAAUAUGGCGAGCUCCAAAGACAACACAAUCCGACUGAAUUCUGCUCUCACUUGCCGAAUAGUACGUGGUCUGACGAGAGAACAACGCUCGAUAUGUCAUGAGGCCCCUGACACGGCUUCUGUUGCUUUCGAGGGCCUGCAGUUGGCCGUGAAAGAGUGUCAGCACCAGUUCCGGUGGCACCGGUGGAAUUGCUCAAGUUUGAUACUGAGGAGCUCGAAUCCUCACGCCAGCGCGUUAAUGAAACGAGCAUCGCACACGAUGGAAAUUUACGAGCAUGGAGGAUGGAAGACAACAAAUCGCUUGCCAGGUGGGUCCGCUCCCGAGGCUGCGAUUUCAUGCUUCGUGUGUGACCACGACGCCCUUAGCAAUUAA